UUCAGUUCGCCGCUCUAGCUAUGCGUGACAGGUGGAUAUGGACCGUCUUGUUGCUUGUAGAGCUGUCUGGCAGCUAUUACAUACGCGAGCAUGUGUCUAUGGGCGGAUUUGGCAUUAGAGUGCAUUAUCAUAGAAAUCCUUGUUGUUUGAAUAAUUUCGUGUGCCCCAGUAAUUGUAAUAAACCCAAGCCAACCACGACCUGCAAGCCAACUAGGACACCCAGGCCAACCACGUCUUGCAAACCAACUAGGACACCCAGGCCAACUACUUCUUGCAAACCAACUAGGACACCAAGGCCAACCACGACUUGCAAGCCAACCACGACUUGCAAGCCAACCACGACUUGCAAGCCAACCACGACAUGCAAGCCAACCACGACUUGCAAGCCAACCACGACCUGCAAACCAAACACGACUCCGAAGCCAACCAAGCCAUGCAAAACAACCACGACUCCGAAGCCAACCAAGCCAUGCAAAACAACCACGACUUGCAAACCAACCACGACUUGCAAGCCAACCACGACUUGCAAACCAAACACGACUCCGAAGCCAACCAAGCCACCAUGUUCCCAGUCCUGCGGAAGGAACAGCAUAAAAGAUUUUACCCACGCUUAAAUCGAAGCACAGAACAUCAUAUGAAAGUAGUCUUUGUGCGUCGACCUGCACAGGUCAAGACUAACUAUGUAAUACCCAAGCCCAGAUAAACGCAGUUCUGAAACCGCAAUAAAGCGUUUGGCA